GCCAGACCCUCUGUUGUGCUGCUUCUGCUGCUUCUGCUUCCUGUGCUAUUUCUGUCUUUUCUGCUGCUUCUGUUUCUACUGCCUCAAUUCCCUUCUCCUCCGCUUCUUGUUUUGCCUCCUUCUCAUCUUUUUUUUUCUUCUUAGACACCCACUGCGAGUUCUUUAUAACUACUUAUCUGAUUUACUCUGUUUACUGCUUUUAUCUCAUUUUACUCAUUAUUCUAUCUCGUACUCUUAUUCUUAUUCUUAUUUUUACAUUUCUCUUUAUUUCCAUCAACACUGCUGUGUUUACCACCAUUAUCUUUUCCAAUCUCACUCUUCACUUCUUCUCAAAAUGUCUCUCCCUAAGGAUUAUGUCAAUGAAUUAAACACCCUAAAUAAAGAAGUCCUAACCAAUCAACCCAAAGACGUGAUUCAAUUUUGCGCCAACUAUUUUAAUUCAAGACUACAAAAACAAAGGGAAGAACUUUUGAAAAAUAACAGUAGCAACGAAAACAAUAAAAAUCUCUUCUUUAAUGACAGUUUUAGUGAUAACAUUAAUUCAAUUAAAUCGCCCACCGAUCAGUCCUUCCAUUUGAAAAGUAACAUGUUUGAUACAAGUCCAAUAUCCUCCAGUCCUUUUGCCAAAUAUAAUCCAAAUACCACCAAUAAAAAUAUCAUCAGCAACAAGAACAGUAAUUCAAAUGAUAAUACCAAUAGUAACACAAGCACCAAUAACAAUAAUACCAAAACCAAUAUCAAUACCAAAACUAAUAAUGAUAAUACUAAUAAUAAUAAUACUAAUGAUAAUACUAAUAACAAUGACAAUGACAAUGACAAUGACAAUGACAAUGAUGAUGAUGAUGAUAAACCCAUACCACCUCUUGCUUUUAAGAUACCGUUCCGUGAUAAUGAUCCUCACACUAACCCAAUAAUCAAAUCCGGUUCUUCUUCUCCUUCAACCAUCCCAUCUUCUGCAAGAAAAAUCAAUAUAGCAAACACUCCCCCAGGUGCAGGCUUUGCUGCUUCUGCCUCUGCUUUAUCAAAAUUUCCAACUCAAUACAACUUAGCAAGAAGAUCCUCUGUUUCUGCUGAAACAUUAAACCCUUCUUCCUUUCAAAAUGAUUCCUGGAAACCCCCAGUUCGUCACCUAUCCAAAGACCAAUUGAAAAGACUAAAUACUUCCGUAACAAAAAACUUUUUGUUUUCAAACCUCGAUGAAGAAGCUCUCAACACCGUAAUCCAUGCUCUACAAGAAAAGAGAGUCUCAAAGGGCGCAGAAAUCAUCAAACAAGGUGACGAAGGUGACUACUUUUAUGUAGUUGAAAGUGGAACCGUAGAUUUCUAUGUCAAUGAUGAAAAGGUCUCCACCUCUGGUAUUGGUUCAUCCUUUGGUGAGCUAGCCUUGAUGUACAACUCUCCAAGAGCUGCAACCGUUGUCGCUGUAACUGAAUGUAUUUUAUGGGCUUUGGACAGACUAACAUUUAGAAGAAUUUUACUAGAAGGUACAGCUAAAAAGAGAGCAAUGUUUGAAGUCUUUCUUAAAGACGUUCCAGUUCUAUCAAUGCUAUCCCCCUAUGAAAGAAGCAAACUAGCUGAUGCUUUGCAAAGUGAAAUUUAUCAUCCUGGCGUUAAUAUCAUCGUUGAAGGCGAUAUUGGUGAAAAUUUCUAUUUUAUUGAAUCUGGUGAGGCCGAUGUUACUAAAAAAAAUGAGGGAUUAAUCACUUCCUUGAAAAAGGGCGAUUACUUUGGAGAAAUUGCUCUAUUAAACGAUCAACCAAGAGCUGCUACUGUAACUGCUAGAACUAUUGUUAAAGUUGCUACUCUAUCCAAAAAUGGUUUCCAAAGAUUAUUGGGUCCAGCAAAGGAAGUAUUAAAAAGACAAGAUCCAACUCGUGAACAUUAAUGAGUUAUUAUUAUCAAUUUCUUAUCAUUAUUUAUUUAUUUUAUUUAUUUAUUUAUUUAUUUAUUUAUUUAUUUAUUUAUUUAUCUAUCUAUCUAUCUACCCACUUACUUACUUACUUAUCUUACUCACUUACUCACUUUAUUUAUUUAUUUAUCCAUUUAUUAAUUUAUUUAUUUACUUACUCACUUAUUUUCAUUAAUAAAUAUAAAAAUUGUUUUAUAUACC